UUGCGAUUUUUUUCAUCGAGAAAUUCGCGCUAAACCGAAAAGAUAAAAACGGGAUGCUGGGGGGUUACCGGAGAUAACGGUUCCGCUGGGAGGCACCAGCUCUAGCCCGAAAUGUAUUUAUACAACGCGUGGAUAUUCCGAAGCCGCACAAAACUGUUAUCAAGUCGACCCGUAACAGCGAGAGUUUGAAAUUAUUUCGGUUGAUUUUGGGGAACCAGUUCGCAGAGAGAGAUGAGCGAGGAGAUUGUGGCCUGUACGGAAACCGGGAAAGUCCGGGGGAAACAGCAGAAGGAUUACCUCGGUGGGAAAUUUUUCAGUUUCAGUGGCAUUCCUUACGCUAAAGCGCCGAUCGGGGAACUCAGAUUUAGGGCUCCCCAACCAGCCGAGCCCUGGGAAGGCGUCAGAGACGGCACCAAGGAGGGCUUCGAGUGCCCCUCAUUGGACAUGUUCUUCGGCUACCACGUGGGACACGAAGACAACUGCCUCAAUUUAAACGUUUACACCAAAGAGCUACCGAAAUGCGCAAACGCCCUCAAGAAACCCGUCAUGGUGUUCAUCCACGGCGGCGGAUUCAUGUACGGAUCGAACAAAAGCGCCGCCGUCGGACCUCACUACUUGAUGUCCGAAGAUAUCGUAUUCGUCGCAAUCAAUUACAGACUAGGAGUAUUCGGCUUCCUUAGCCUGGAAGACCAGUCAUUGAACGUGCCCGGAAACGCCGGAUUGAAGGACCAAACGCUGGCUUUGAAAUGGGUGCAGAAGAACAUCCACAAUUUCGGCGGGGAUCCGGACAACGUGACGAUAUUCGGGGAAAGCGCCGGCAGCGCUUCCGUGCACUACCUCACCCUGUCGCCGACGACCAAAGGUCUCUUCCACAAGGCCAUCAUGCAAAGCGGCUGCGCCUUCAACCCCUGGGCGAGGGGCCGGAGGAACUUCGCCGACAUCGCCAAAGCCAUGGGUUACAAGGACGUGGACGAGAAGACGCUCUUCCAGAAGCUCUGCCGGGCGAGCGCCAGAACCCUGGUCGCUGCUCAAUUCAAAAUCGAAGAUUCUUUCUUCGCCAGCCUUGUGAGACCUCUCGGUCCGGUUAUAGAGUACCCCCACGAAGGCGCCUUUUUGACCGAAGACCCGGAGGAGAUAAUGAAAGCCGGGAAGAACCACCAGAUACCGGUGAUCAUCGGUUACAAUUCCAGAGAAGGGUUAUUGUACGAGGUGAUCCGGAAAACCCGAACGGACGCCGACCUGCCGGAAAACCUGGAAAGAGACAUCCCCUACGACCUGAAGGUCCCCGAACGCAGCCCCCAGGCCAAGGAAAUCGCCGAAAGGAUGCAACAAUUCUAUUACAAAGACAAUGAUUUAUCCGAGAAGAACAUCAACACUCGCUACUUGAUGGUGGGCGACAUCCACUUCGUGCACGGCAUCCAGAAGACGGUCUCGCUGCUGACGAAGCACAGCAAGGCGCCCGUGUACGUCUACAGGAUGAGCGUGACGAGCUCGUUGAACUUCUUCAAGAAGUUCUGCGAGGUGAAGCACUUCAAGACGAUGAUAUUCUUCACGCUGCUGACCAAACUGUCGGGCGGGUCGUCGCUGAAGAACGUGUUCCAGAACAUGCGCGAGAAGCUGCCGGUGAAGGAGAUCGAAGGGGUGUCGCACGCCGACGAUUUGUUCUAUUUGUUCAGCACGUUCUUCUCGCCGACGAUCACGCCCGGCAGCGAGGAGGACAGGAACAUACAGAAGUUCGUGAAGCCGUGGACGGGCUUCGCGAGGUCCGGUACGCCGACGCCCGAGAAACUGGAGGUCUUGAACGACGUGGUCUGGCAGCCAGUUCGGGACGAGGGUAUUGGCGAUAUAUUCGAUAUUAACCAUACUGUUAGUGUUACCGGUAAUUUGGAGAACGAAAGGGUUAAGUUUUGGGAGGAUUUGUACAGGGAGUGUAAAGUUUAAUUUGAAAGGGGUAGGUGAUAAUUUUGUGAUAUUUUGUGUGGCGUCGAAUUGCGCUGAGAUUAGAAUUUAACCGAAUGAUUCGGAUCUUGUAUUAAUUCGUAGAAAUUUUGUUAUUUAGUUUUAAUACCUCUAGUAUUAUCAUGGUUUUAAAUUAUAUUAGUAUAUAGUAAUUAUAUUUAUGUUUUAUAUUAUUAAAGCUUCAUUUAUAAUUA